AUCUUGACACUACUAGACAGAGUAUAGUAAUACUUACAGAAACUACUAGACUAGCUAGUAUUAGUGGAAAUUUGUAAAUCUUAUUUUAUACAUAAAUGAAUGAAUAAAAGAAUUUACUAUUAGUAAACAUGUCAAAAGUAACUAAAAGGAAGCAUGUAAUGAACGAAGCUAUGUGGGAUGAUUACGAGUUACCGAAGAAAAAUCAAAGUAUCGUAAAAGUUUUGAAAAGUCGCGGUAACAAUCUCCACGAGGUCACUACUUCAACUGGGGAAGAAUAUUUAGUAUCAAUGCCUACGAAGUUUCGAAAAAAUAUAUGGGUUAAACGAGGUGACUAUGUAUUAGUCGAGCCCAUAACGGAAGGCGACAAAGUAAAAGCCGAAAUUGUAAAAAUAAUGAAUAAGGAUUCCAUUAAAUAUUACAAGGAAAACAAUCUAUGGCCGAAGGAAUUUGGCGAUGAUAAAAAACAAAGUACAGAAGUUGAUGACGACAAUUUGUUCGUGAAUACAAACAGAGUUCAUAUGGAACAAUAUUACAGUGAUUCAGACUCGAGUGACUCCAGUGACGACAGUGACGGUGGUAGUGACAAUGAAAAUUUUAAAAAAUAAAAUUAUUUACAUAUA